AAAUUUUUGCCAUCAUGGGUCAUGCAGCUCGCUGGAAGUGUGCGAAUUAAUUUCGCAAUUUUCCGUGAAUAGCGUUCACCGAGGUUGAUAUCGAAUGCGAACGUCGAUCAGUGCGACCAGGUCGUCGCUGUAGACGACGACGAAACAUUUACGCGCACGUUUCUUCGACUGUCUCACUUUUGUGCCCUUGUAUUCUCAAGACCUCACGCAUUAAAAAAUCUCCGACGAUUUACUCCCACUUACUCCUCAAACUGUCAACCAGUUCGGCACUCGAAAUGUCGAGCACUUCAUCACCAUUAUUUCUAUCCUCCUUUACUGGUUCUCCUACCGCUUCAAUGAGUGAUACCAGUAGUACGAACAGUGCCGAACCCAGCUUAACUUCGAGCGCUGCCUUGUAUCUUUACACCUUUCUUGCUACACUCGUGCUUCUCCUUGCUGUCUCAUCCGCCAUUGUUAUUCGCAGCCUUGUACUCCGACGACGUCAUCAACGCAUUGUAGAAGAAGCUAUCCGGGCAGGGACAUGGCUCCCUCACCAAGCAUACGAUCCCAGAGGGAGUCGUAGACGAAGAGACAUUGGAAAGAAACCCAAGUUGUGGGAAGCAUGGCUUCGCAGUGGCGAAGAGGAGAGUCCAGCUGACGUGAAAUGUUCUUGGGAUGACAUAAUGCCUGUCUACGCCGCUCAUAUUAAAUCUUCUCCAACUCCACGGUCCUCGAGGUCACAGUCACCUCAAACCCGAUCUGACUCGUCGUCUCGCACGAUGCGCUUCCUACGACCUUACCGUACAACAUUUUCAUCAGCACCGGCAACAUCAUCUCCGAUUGCCCCUCCAACACCUGUAUCUUCAUCUCCGUCAACAUCGGCACCCUCUUCUGUAAGCGUAGCUGUCCUCAUUGCCAUGCCCACGGCACAGCACACACGGGAGGUGGACGGACCACCUGUCGUUGAGCUUGGUGUCGUCGAUGUCACUCUGCGAGACAUGAGCCCAAGCGGUGACCACCCAUGACAAGCACCAUAUUGGUUACGGGCUUUAUGUUAUGUACUACUGACUGCCACCUCACCGCCAUGUAUUCAGACGCAACGCAGACAACAUCAUCACUUACGUGGGCGUUGAUCCAUCCGUUCGUCCCUAAUAUAGCUUCUUUGAUGAAAUUGACGCUUUGAUGAUCAGAAUGGAAUGGUCGCCGUUUUGUGCUUGCAGCAAUCAAACGGUGUGAUCAAGAAUGGGAAAGUUCAUGCAAUGGAUGAUUUAAUACUUGGUGA